CCAUGGAGAGCCUGGCGCGGGGGCUGGUGCGCCUGGCCAAGGGCAGCGCCCGGCCCGAGCGCGCCGGCUUCCUGCAGAGCGUCACCGGGCACUUCUGUGCAUCCCAUGAGGACGAGGCGACGGUCUGCUGCGGCUUGGACCAAAACCAGUUUGUCAUUUCCGACAGCGAGUUCCCUGGCUCCACCCGGAUCCUUCUAAAGAGACCGUCCUUUUGUCCCAUCAAGCACCUGGAGGAGAGGCAGGCUGCCGCGCUGCCAGAGGCACUCCGAGGCCGCGGGGUGGACGUGGGGGUGGCCGUCAUCCUGCAGUCUGUUGACAGGAGAGUCCUGCUCACACGAAGGGCCAAGAAUCUCAGCAUCUUCCCCAACGUGUGGGUGCCCCCCGGUGGGCACAUGGAGCCGGAUGAACAGUUGCUGGAGGCGGGCCUGCGGGAGCUGCAGGAGGAGACAGGCUUGCGGCUGGAGCCGGGCGGGUUCUCCUGGAGGAUGCUGGGCCUGUGGGAGUCCGUGUACCCGCCCAUGCUGAGCAGAGGGCUGCCGAGGCGGCACCACGUUGUUGCGUACCUGUUGCUUCUUUCCACCGAGAGCCACCAGCAGCUGCAGACAAGGAUCAAGGCAGACGAGAGCGAGGUCAGCGCCUAUGCCUGGCUGGAACCCCACAUUCUGGAGUGUAUCGCGGCGGUCGAGGAUGGAGCAGAGAACACGGGACGCGUGCCCAACAACCUCCCCUCAACCAUCGAAGCCACAGAGCUGAGCGGGGGCUCGGCCCGGCCCACGGAACUUCCUGCUGUCACCUUCCUGAACACAGCACCUGCAGCGGGGCAAGAUGUGGAACGGGUCAGCACCGGGACCAGGUUUGCCCUUCGGCUCUGGCUAGACACCUUAGCCGUGCGGGACAAGUGAGCAGCGAAAUCCCAGGCCCCGACCUCCCCGCGGGGCAGACAGCUGGGGAGUGGAGCUGCCGGCGAAGGAGGUGGGCUCUGUCACCAUCGCCUGCCCUCGGACCUGGCUUUACCAAGCAUGGCUGCAGAGGCCUGCCCAGAAUGAAGUUCCUUCUCACUGCUCCAAGCCCUAGCAGGAAGGGAAGGUGGGCAGUGGGGUCGCUCUCUGGCUCUCCCUCCUAUGAAGGAAGCGACCGACAAGAAGGGAAGGCAACUCCUGAAUGGACUGGGUGGGCGUUCCACCACUAAGCCCAAAACCCGGCUGCCUGGGACAGGGGGGAGUCGUUCACUGUCUUGGAAGCCAGCGUGUGGUAAGACACGUCCAGUAACAUUCAAAUAACUGCCCCUGCCCUUAGCCAUCCAAGUGUCUUGCUUAGCCAAAGGGUGCACUGAAGAGACAGCGUGUGUCAGCGGUUUGAGCUCAGGCCUUCAAGCUAGGAACUUCUGUUCCAAUUCCACCUUCCACUGACUACUUCAGGGCUCUGCCUCAGUUUCCCCUUGGGGAAAUGGGGCUAACUCACCCUUCUUCCCAGCUCCCAGCUGCUCAAAUCCAGCUUGAACAGAGGGGUCUGCUCCCCCAGUGACUGACACCGGCACAGCGGGGGGCUGCUUUGAACUUUAUUAUCUAAAAGGUAGUUUGCAUAUACAGAAGUGUUGCAAAUAAUAAACAGCUGGAUAUCAAACGGACAGAAUAAAUAAACCAGAGAAAGUGGCUAGCUGCUUUUUAAAGGUGUCUAGAUAACGUUUACCAAGUGAGAGCUUAUAAAACACUAAAGGACUUGAGACAGUAUCAAAACCCUAGAUGCUCCUCUACCCUCCAACUACCCCCCUCCCCACACACACACACACACCCUCUACACAAACAACUUGUAUGUACAACCCUUGAAAACAGCCAGUGCUCCCUGUAAAGGCAUAAUACCUUAAUGUCGGUCUCUUCAGCUUCUAGCUACCACCACCUGUACGUAACACUGAAAGUACCUGCCUCUCAAAGGGUACAGUGGAGCCACUGGAUUGUCACGCGAGUUGAUCAGCCUGUGACUGGCCUUGGAGGAUCUUGGUAGGAGACAGUCCAAUGGACAGACGGGUAGGGUUACAAAUGUGUAUAGAAAUGUGCCUUUACUGGGAGCAGGUCUGUCCAUCCCCCCUCCCCCCAACAUCAGAACUUUAAAAACCCCACAAACAAUUAUGUUCCCACUGCAAUGUACACAGUACAUUUGUUCUGGUCCUAAGUCCCUUUUCAACUUGGUGCUGGGAAGAUUAGCAGAGAGAAAGGGAUUUGCAAAAGUCCAGUAACCUCUCCAAGCACCAUUUUUCCAAAAAGCAAAUCCUCGACCUAGCACUUCUCCACCAAGGAUUUCAAAGCAGUUCACGCAAGUGAGGAAGGAUGAUUCUUGGUUCACAGAGAGCUAAGUCUGUCACUUGGAGGUUUUCAGGUGAAAAGUACCAAGCAAGCUAGUUCUGAGGGCUGGUAUUUUGAAGGAGAGUGUAGUAGUUGGUUCAUUUUCCAGCCGACUGCUCUUUAAAUGCAGAGCGUCAGCUGGACUCGUCCCUCUCCAAAACGGAGGGAAAAUGAUUAGCUCAACUAAGCCUGGGCGAAGAAUACAAGGUAAAGCUGCACCUUAACUAUUUCCUCAGUAGGAUUUACAACUUUGAUUGCAGUCAGACGUUCAUUACAACUAAGAUACAAGAACCACUGAAGUCACAGCAGAAGUCUGGGCACAGCUAUCCCAGACCACCCUUCUCCAGAACCACAGGGAAAUUGGUUUGUUUUAAAGUUCUUGAUGGGGACACUGGGGGGGGGGGGGAAGGUGCAAAAAACUGCUACAUGUUAUACCUCUCUGAAUGCCAUUUUGACCAUCUUGAUGCAUCGAACUCCUGCCAAUCUUGCUACAGUAAUAAAAAUAUGACCUUGGCAGUAGGUACUUGGGGUAGUUUAGCGAGCCCUUGGUGACGCAGGACACUCAAAUCAGCAGCUGUGAUGCGGUAAAGGUUACAAACAAAGGUAUACAUUUAAAUACAUAAAUAAACUGUGCAACAGGCGAUGUGCUGUCCCCGCGAAGGCGCUGUAGCGGGGACAACACAACCUUCAUUUAGUCCUCAGGAGAUACACACAGGGAGGUCUUUGGAGUUUUGGAUGUACAAAAGCUGCAACUGAAAAUAUAGCUAUGUUCUCUGUACAGAUCUGUAUUGGAAAUAUUUAGGAGGAGGAAAAGAAAUCUACAUUUAAAAAAAAUACAUCGUAAUUACAUCCGAGACAGACUGGGCCGAGCUGCCCAGUGCCUCUGCAAGGGGAUGGAUGGGAGACAAAAGCCCUGGCAGUCACCCUGCUACACCUCCACUCGAUACUGUCCUAUCUGCAGGAGGGUUCACAGGCAAGAAUCCCUCCCCACCCCCGCUGGCCGCCUCUAGCAUCCCAAUAAAGAACUGCCCCAACCCACAUGUAAAUGCCACUGAUGGGACAUCAAUUCCAAUGGCCUCUUUUCGCCUUGAUUCUUACCAAAAAGAAGAUUACGUCAUAAUGAGGAGACAACACUAAAACAGAGGCCAGGAAAUGGCUAACUUUAAAGGGACGCGGGUGGUGAACAUUCAUAAUUAAAAAGUGAACGUUUCCUUUCCUGCGCUACUCAUAAUGCCACAGGUUCUUCAAUUAAAAAACCGCACAUUUACAAAAUCUCUUUUCUCCUUGAAAACGGAUCGAUCAGUUUCUCUUUCUGGCGCUCACCUACUAGCACAUUCAGUUACAAACACGAGAAGUUUGCACAGGGGUUUGAAGAACGGAUUCGCUCUGCAGAGCUGAGUUUGGGGCCCAACGGUGUUGUUUCAGCUCUUUCAAUCGAGGGCGAGGUGGGAGGGAGCCCCAACUUCUCACCUGCUUAAUGGGAAAACUUAAGAGCAUGUAGGCUGCAGAUUUGCC